CGUUAUGUCGCUUAAUCACCCGUCUUACUGAAAUCUGCGAAACGUAUGAGCGGCAUCGAGCGAAAGGUACCACAGAUUAACUCGUCAGGAUACACCAGUUAAGUGGAAAAUGACAUCACUGAAGUUCGAAGGAAACAAAGCACUGCACAAAGGUUGCGCAUGUAAUUGUUUAUUGUCUUGAAACCGCAGGAUUUUAUAGCCCUAGGAUGGUUAGCGUGACUACCGGCAAUAAGUAUACACCGCAAUGGCCUUUUGAGAAAAGACUGUGGCAUUUCAGAGGGUCAUGGUAGUGUGGAUAGAGUGCACACUGGGCCACCUGAUUGGAGCUACUUUAUACAGGUGUUUGCAGGUGAUCCGAAACACUUGAAGUGCCACAGCAUUUUACCACUGGAACAUUGUAUGCAUAGAGCAGGUGGCUUGGCCAGCCGUUGCUUUCUCUUUCACUGCUUUACAUUGAAAUGCAUAAGAGAGGGUGAUAAGACAUUGAAAGUAAGUCAUCCUAAUUUUGAUUAAUCUAGCCUCGGGAUGAAGAAAGAUCUACUAGCAGCGACGUAAACGGACUCCGCACAUUACUUACCUUUGUGCAUUUUACGUUUUUUAACCGAUUUCUUUGCUACAAAGGACAACGUAUCACCAUCGAAGCCCAUGAACAUAGAUACAUGUAGCUUCUUCAAUUGGUUGAUGUCAUACCCAGUACUUACAAUGAACAUUUCCUCGGUGAGCAGUAAGUAAUACACUAAAAGAACAGCUGAUAUGCACAUUAGCAUAUACUUAUACCACAUGUACGACACAUCUGCACUGUGCUCGGUGCACGCCUGGCUAUUGUCAUGAAUGAUUGCCAUUAGCUAGAAGCCUGGACUAAAGAAAUUCGCUGAAUCAGAUUAACGUACUCCGCAUAAAAGCCUAGUUUCCAAGCAGUUGCUGCGCCGGCUUGCACUCACUCAACAACGCGUUUCGAGUACCUGAACAUCAGAGAUUCUAUUUUCUGCAUUUCAGCAUUUCUAUUUGCUGCGCUUAGUGACACAAAUAGUAGCAUUGCCCGUAAUGCAAUGAUAGAUGUCGGGGCUGAUUUUGCAAAGUUGCGCAGUGUAUAGAUACCGUAUCAAUGGCUGGCGUUGGCUCAAGACCGGUUCGUAAAACAACACCAGACGAACUGGCGUGCCCGAUAUGCCAGGAGAUUUACAAGCAACCCAAGGUUCUACCCUGCGGACACACAUAUUGCAAGACCUGUCUGGAACAAUGGAUUCAGUCAAACAAAACCUCCCCAAAGCACCUGACGCGAUUCCCUUGCCCAUGGUGUAGAAAGGAGACCCCCUACCCCAGAAACGGAGUGGAGGAAUUCGCCACAAAUUUCGCUGUGCAGGGCCUGCAGGAGAGAAUGGUGUGGAGGAGCAUUUCUGAAAAAUCAGCUGAAAACAAAGGUGAUGAUUCCAGCGCUCGUGGCCUAUCAAAACCGGUUGUUACCAAUAAUAGUGGUCAUAAUUCCUAUUAUCGAACAAACUGUAGAGGGCGGCAGUAUGCCUCGUGCGGCCAUGAAGAUCGCUUGACCCUAUUUUGUCACCAAUGCCAGGUCAGUUUGUGUGCAGACUGUAUUGAUUCGCAUAUAGGGCACGUUUUUGUCAGUCUUAAAAAGCGGCAAGCAAUGGACGACCUCAAGACGGAAUUUGAUAAACUGAGCACACAACUACGGGACAAAGUGGAAAAUGUGCAAGAACUGCGAGAUCGAUAUUUAGAAACAAGUCGGGUUAUGGAAACCUCAAUAACCGCUGCGACAAAGUCGGUAAUGAAGCGGAUUCAGACCAUGAAAAGAACGCUAGAGGAUAUCGAAAAAGACCUCAUGCAGGAGAUUGAGUGCGCGCACACGAAAGAAUUAGAGGAAUGGGAGAGACGAAUAGAUGAUAUCGAAGAGAAACUCGACAACGCCGAGGGCAGCGAUGCCUACCAGGCGGCAAGGAGAUUAAGUUAUCAGGACUUCAAUUCGCCUGAGGAGCUGUCCCAGAAGAUUCAGCAGAUGCGCCAUCGGCUUAUCAACUUAUCGACGGUCAAAGCCAUUGAUGCCGCGGUGCAGGUCGAAUUCCAACCGGCAAAGAUCGAUCUUUUAGAGAGAGAGAUAAGACUCCUCUGCGGCCACACAGCCGUGUGUUAUAAAAAGAUACUUACGUCCUCAGCAGAGCCCCCCAGCGAUUUGAUCGAUUCCAGAAAGUUUAUGAAUAGCUUGUAUUUAAAAACUGUCAGAAUACUUAGGGACGCAAGCCGGUCAUUUGGGAUCACAGUGGCUGCCGCUAACGACCGUACGAAACCAAUGCGAGUAGUAAAACUGUCUGCGUACGCGAAAGACACUGGGUUGAAUCUCGGAGACGAAAUUCUCACGAUUAAUGGCGUUCGUACGGAGGGGAUGAUGCAACAGGAGACGUAUGACCUCACGCAUGACGCCGACCAGCUCACUUUGACAGUGAUGUCACACCAGAAACUGUCGACGUCACAUCCGACCACGCCCACCAGAAAGUGGGAAAAAUUGAGAUGUUUUUUUACUCGCGGUUCCGGCACUGGGGGAAAUGGCACAGCCGAGUGACUUCCAAGCAAAAAAUGAACCACAGAAAAGUGCCAUUAAACUUUUAACGUGUCUUAUAAGGGGUUGUUUUGAAAAAAGUUUUGGAAAAAGGAACAAGAGAAAAAACUAUAUUGCCUUAUGACCAAUGAUGCAGUGUUGUGACUUAUAAUUGUCAUUUUAGUACUUCCUAUGCCAGUGUUUGCUUAUUUGUGAUGAAAUUUAAGAGGGAAAAUGAAAGCAAGCUGGUGGCUUUAUUUUAUUUUUAUGAAAAUCUACAUAAGAUGUUUGUAUAAUAAUAUGUCUUCAGUAGAGCGUGAAUAACACCUUUAAAUGGAGAUGGUGAAAAGGGGAAUAAGUAAAAGAAAAUGAAAAUGA